CACCUAGAAAUUACAGAUAUUAUCAAAGAAAUAUUUAUCGAUAAUAUCCACUUUUGAACUGCGCGGCUGCGUCGUCGCGGACAAAUGAAUGGUGUUUAGUGCGGCGGAGCAGAGGAAAAGCAACAGGCCAACGGCGCUAAGUUAUUGGCUAAUUAGUUUCAAUUAGGCGAAAAGGAGCAACAGCUGCCAGAUCGCGCCAAACAACAGUAGUUUUUGUGCGAGUGCGAACGAAAUGAAAAGUAACAGCAGCGAUCGUUGGUAGUGUGCGUAUCGCGUGUGCCAGUGUGCCCCCUGUGGCAGUGUGCGUGUGCGUGUGUUUUGGGCUGGAAUGGAAUGCACAAAACCCAUCCCCCCGCAUCGCCCUUUGUGUGCGCUCUAUUAUCGCUGAAAAAAUGUACAAGGCAAAGUCAACGUAAAAGAGAAACCGAAAAGAGCAAAAAAAAAAAGGUGAAGAAAACGAGAAAAGCGCGCGCCAAGUGACAAGUUUUUUUGUGUGGGACUGACCGCCUCUACCCCCCCUUGAACCGGACAGACUCCCCCGCUGCACGAUGCCAAAUCUGCAGCAAUCGGCGCCGCAGCACCACCUGCAACCCCAUCCGCACCAUCUGCGGCCACAGCACCAGCAACACCACCAUCACCAUCAACACCAACAGCACCACCAGCACGGGCCCCACAGCGACUUCCCCCUGCCGGACGGCUGGGACAUUGCCAAGGAUUUCGAUGGCAAGACCUACUACAUAGAUCACAUCAACAAAAAGACCACAUGGCUGGAUCCCAGAGAUUGCUAUACGAAACCGCAAACAUUCGAGGACUGUGUGGGCGAUGAGCUGCCCAUGGGCUGGGAGGAGUCCUACGAUCCGAAUAUCGGGCCCUACUACAUCAAUCAUCUGGCGCAGAGCACACAGCUGGAGGAUCCGCGUCAGGAGUGGAAGAGCGUGCAGGAGCAGAUGCUGAGCGACUAUCUGUCGGCGGCACAGGAUCAGCUGGAGAACAAGCGCGAGAUGUUGGAUGUGAAACAGCAGCGCCUGCUCUGGGCCCAGGAGGAGUACAAUCAUCUCAACAAGCUGGCCGCCAGCCGCAGUAGCCUGUGCUCUUCCUCCAGUUCGAUGAGCCGUCACGAUCCGGAACUGUUGCGUGCCGACCUGAUGCUGGCCCGCGAGAGAGUCCAUCAGCUGAAGCAGGAGCUGAAUCACAUUACCAACGAUAUAUCGUACACGGAGCGGGGCAUGAACACCCUGUAUUCGGUGGGCGAGAAGAUCAAUGCCCGGCAGAACGGCUGCUAUGACAUUGCCGAGGUGCAGGCCAUACGGGAGGAGAUGCUGAAGGUCCACAAAUCGCUGGUGUCCGGCGAGAAGGUGCGCGAGGAGCUGAUGCGCAGCCUGGUCCAGAUCAAGAACGAGCUGAGUCGCCAGCAGAUCAACGAGGAGAAUGCGGAGCUGAUGAACGCCGCCUCGCCCUUCGAUCGGGUGUGCGUGGCCAGCCAGACGGAUCUGUGCGGCGGCGCCGGGGAGCAUCUGAACGGCGGCGCCCGAUUUGCGGAAAUGGCCAAGACCAAGCUGCAGUACGCCGAGUGGCGGAAGCACAUCAAGAAGCUGCAGCAGCAGCUGGCCGAUCACGUGGAGCGCAUCGAGCCCGGCCAACUGGAGUCGGACAAGGAUCGCAUUCUGCUCAUCCAGGAGAAGGAGAAGCUGCUGAACGACCUCAACAGCAUCUCGCUGAAGUCGCGCAGCGAGGAGGAGAAGCAGGUGAUCCAGCAGACGCGCAACAAGCUCGAGGACGACCUCCGGGAGGCGUACGAGGCGAACAACACGUGCGUGGCCAAUCGUCUGCGCUUCCACGAGGAGAAACAGCUGCUGCUCGACAAGCUGCAGGAGGCCCUCAAGUCCACCAAGCUGCUGGAGGAGCGGCUCAAGUCGUUCUCCUCGGAGAGCACCUUCUCGAUCAGCAGCGGCAGCAGCCUGGGCUCCCUGUCGACGGCCAGCAGCAAGAGCGCCCUCAGCUUCACGGACAUCUACAUCGAUCCCUUUGCCGUCGACUCGCCCAUCGAUGUGGUGGAUCUGCGCCGCCGCUCGCAGCGUCUCUUCCAGCAGCACCAGCAGCGCCUGCCCCCGAUCCAUGCCCAUCCUGUGCUGCAGCAGCAGCAGUCCUCGGAGGUGUCCCUGUCGCCGCGCAGCAGCCUGUCGAUGGAAACGCCGCCCGCAUCGCCAAUGAAAUACAAUGCGGUGGCCGAUCAGCACCCGCCGCCGCCGCCGCUACCCCAUACCCUCAAGGAGGAGCCCACCUAUGCCAAUGCUCUGCCCGCCCCGCCCGCCUACACAGCCCCUCCCCCAGUGCCCAUCACGGCACCGGGGGUGCGCGCACGGCCCUACGACCUGGACUCCACCGUGCUCGACUGCAUGAUGCUGGAGGCGAAGCUGCAGAAGCUGAACCUUAACUCGCCGCACAAUCUGGCCGCUGCCCCGCUCUCGCCCAUCUCGGAGAAGCCCUCGCUGCUGGAUCUGCCGCUGGAGAUGCUCAGCCGCUCGUCGUCCACCUCGAACACGCGCUCCGUAUCGGCGGCCGUCAGCAACGAGUCCGUUGCAGGAGAUUCGGGCGUUUUUGAGGCAUCGCGGGCCCAUCUGCCGCGCAAGGAGCUGGCCCAGGUCCAGAUCGGACUCAAGUAUCUGAAGCAAAAGGGUGUCCUGGUGGUGUCCCUGGAGCGAGCCAACAACCUGCUGGCCCUGUGGACAGCCUCGACGGACAACUCUCAGGUUUAUCUGCGUGCCGCCUUGCUGCCCAAUUCGCUGACUUCCAUACGGACCAAGGCGCUGGGGGACUUUCAGAAGCCCGUCUUUAACGAUACAUUUGCGGUGCCCAUAACGCUGGACAAGCUGCUGACCAAGAGCCUGCAGGUGACUGUCGUCUCAAUGACAGGCCAAAAGGAGGAGAUCAUUGGCACUGUGCAGAUCAGCAUGGCCGAGUUCAAUCCGGAGGACUCCACCUUGAAGUGGUACAAUGUUCUCAGUUCGAAAUUCAUUCCCAGCUUCGAGUCGCUGGACAUUCCCUCCACGAGUGCCGCCGCAGCAGCAGCCGCCGUUGCGGCCAGCAACUCUUCGACGAGCAGCAGCACCAACAACAACAGGGAGGAGUCUUCGGAUGAGUCGACCAUCACUUCGUCGCAGACCUCGACCCUGACACGCAAUCAGGCGCCGCCCCUGGAGAUGCAGGCGCAGAUAGCCGAGGAGCUGCCGCAGAACGGACGCCUCAAUGGCCAGGAAUGCAGCGACGACGAUGACGAUGAGGAUGAUGAUGAGGAGGAGGAGGAGGAGGACAGCAACCAGCUCGUCAGCGAUGUGGGCCUAAUGAACUCUGGCUGCAUGCUGGAUGCCUAUCUGCAGAACAUGAAACAGGAGUACGCCGACAAGGAAACAAACACGGACAGCGCCUUCAUGCCUGAGAAGCUGCGCUCGCACUCCCAGCUGAUGGACGACAGGCCCGUGAAGCGUUCACAGACCUUUACCCCAUCGGCGGCGGUCAGCAAGAAUCGAUACAAUUGUCGCCUGAAUCGUAGCGACUCGGACUCGGCCAUGCACUGUGGCGUUGCACCGCACACGUUCCAGCGGGGAGCCGCUGAGCGACGUUCCCUGCGCUUCCACACCAAGGCGCCCAAGUCAGUCACAAAACUGCAUCAUACUCACAUACCGCGCACCAGUUUGGACCUGGAGCUGGAUCUGCAGGCGCAGCACAGCAAGCUCUAUUUCCUCAACGAUCAAAUUGCCAAGCUGCAGAACCUCAAGGAAGUUUUGCAAAAGGCCUGUGAGAACAAGGAUCCCCUUAUUGCCGCCUGGGCCAUUGAAAAUGAGGAAUUCCAGCGUCUGGUGGCUCGCGCGGAUCCCGCCAAAUGUCCCGAGGAGCGUCAGCUCCAGAAGUUGCUAAUGAAAACCGCCAAAGAAGUCCACAAGCUGCGGAAGACCAAGGUGCCCAAGGGCUGCCCAGAUUUGGUGGCAUUCAAAGAGAAGAUCACAUUCUUCACACGCAAGGGCCUGUCCGUACCGGAGCUGCCCAGCGAGUUCACUUUGCCCGAUGCCAAUCCCAUCGAGGAGGAGGAGGAGGAAGAGGACGAUGAUGAGGAUGAGGACAAUGCUGCUGAGACGGCAAUUGCCAUCAACACGGCGCUGGUGGCGAGCAACAAUCGAAACAAGAAUCUCAGUGAGCACCACCAUCGAGCCGCAAGCGGAGCAGUCCCGAAACUGCCAGCCCCAGCAACCACUACUGGACCCGCACCAGCCACCCCUAUAGAUGCUGCUGCUGCUGUUCCUGCCGUAGCAAUAGCUGCUGAAGACGGAGCAGCCAAGCCGGAUCAGGCACGCUACGACUAUGUCGUGGAUCGCAACUAUGGCGUGGAGGUGUAGCAACAUCUGCCCUGUCCUACCUUCGCUGUACAUUUUUGUAAUUAAUGUAGUAUUUAUUUUCAUUAAGCAACAAGUAUUUAUGUGUAUAAAACAACUGAUGUAACAAAUAUCUGUGCCUUAUCGAGAGCGUGUGUGUGCGCACCAGCAGCAAGAGAACCGAACCAUGCUAGAAAUGAUAUUUCUAUUUCUAUUGUAAGCCCUAUUCGUAUUUAGCAUUAACAUUUAGCCCUAACUAGACUCAUAGUCAGUUGUACAAAUUGACCCCACUGAUGACCAUUUAAGAGCAACUAAGAGAUACACAUACAUGCCCUGACUCCC